AGGGUGCACGGGGUGUUCUAGGGAUGGCUAAGGGAAAGCGUACUUGGCACUGAUCCCUCCUUUCAGUAUAGACUGCAGUUUACAUUAGGCAGCAUAUUUUUUUUCUGUCAGCGGGAUGAAUAUGUCAUAAAUAGUUGGCGUUUAUAGAGGGGUAGUGGAUGCAUGUUUAGCUAUGCGAUGAGGCCAGUGCACUUUGCAAGACUUGCGCUGCAGAGAGCCUCCGCGGAUCCCACGACCUGUUGCUGACAAGCCGGGGAAAAGGAGAGGGAGAGGGGGAGCCGCUCGGGAGACACAGAGGGUUACUGCCUUGGAGACGACAGCCCGGGUUUCUUCGCGGAGGAAAUCAUGCAGUUUGCAAUCUGGCUGGUUGGACUAAUGUGUCAUCUGUCAGCGCUUGUCCGGGACACUUUGCAACACCGAUUGCAUCCGAAACAAGAAAGCUUCAUCAAGCAGCUGUCAUCGUAUGAAAUCAUCACCCCGCUCCGUAUGAAUGACUUCGGAGAAUCAUUCCCGCACAAAUUGCACUACAGGAGGAGACGGAGAAGUUUAAAUGAGGACCUGUCGGGCUUACGGGUUCACUACAGGAUUGAUGCAUUCGGGGAACGCUUUCAUCUCAAUCUGACCGCAGACUCCAGCUUCAUCGCCCCCUCUUACACAGUGACACACUUGGGAGCGGAACAGAGCAACGACACGGACACCCACUUCCAUGACCCGAGCGAUAUGCGCCACUGCUUUUUCCGCGGACAAGUCAACGCCAGGGACGAAUAUCCUGCCGUCUUCAGCCUAUGCACUGGCCUUAUUGGAACGUUUACGACACAACAUGGUGAAUACUUCAUGGAGCCUCUUUUAAAUGCUGCAGGGGAGGAAUAUGACGAAGAACACAACAAACCUCAUCUUGUCUAUCGACACGAGAGGAAGAAGAACAUCUCGCACACCGACAACAGCGCAGAGCCCUGUGCUGCCUCAGCAGAGAACUCCAAGAGGCCGGUUGCUUUUGAGAGCAGAGGGAGUAUGGGAGAGGAGCUGAUCUCUCUCAGAGCCACGAUAGAUGAUCAACACAUUUAUGACAACAACUCCACGAGCACACACCCCAAACCCCCACGCAGACGCAAGCGCUUCCUCUCCUACCCUCGCUAUGUUGAGCUGAUGGUGACAGCGGAUGCCAAAAUGGUGCGUCACCAUGGACGCAACCUAGAGCACUACAUCCUAACAAUCAUGUCAGUAGUAGCAGCAGUGUACAGAGACCCCAGCGUAGGAAACCUCAUCAACAUCAUGAUUGUCAAGCUAGUCGUCGUCCACAAUGAACAGGAAGGGCCCACAGUGAGUUUCAACGCCGCCACGACUCUCCACAACUUCUGUGUCUGGCAGCAGAGCCAAAACAUCCAGGAUGACAACCAUCCCUCUCACCAUGACACGGCACUCCUUAUCACCAGAGAAGACAUCUGCCGUGCGAAAGAUAAAUGUGACACAUUAGGGCUCGCAGAGCUGGGGACAAUGUGCGACCCGUACCGGAGCUGCUCCAUCAGUGAGGAAAAUGGAAUUAGUGCCUCCUUCACCAUCGCUCAUGAGCUGGGCCAUGUGUUCAACAUGCCUCACGAUGACAACCCAAAGUGUCGGGAGGCGGGCAUGAAGCACCAGUAUCAUGUCAUGGCUCCCACGCUCAACUAUGACACCAAUCCCUGGUCGUGGUCCAAGUGCAGCCGCAAGUACAUCACAGAGUUUCUAGACACCGGCUAUGGAGAGUGCCUUCUUGAUGAACCUGUAGGCAGGACGUACGAGCUGCCGACCCUCCUCCCUGGUCAAAUCUACAAUGCCAACAGACAGUGUGAACUGAUGUUUGGACCCGGUUCCCAAAUUUGCCCUUACAUGAAACAGUGCAAGAGGCUGUGGUGUACCAGUGCAGAGGGGGACCAUAAAGGAUGUCGCACACAGCACAUGCCACUGGCUGAUGGGACUGACUGUGGACAUGGAAUGUACUGCAGACACGGGAUGUGUGUAAACAAGGAGUUGGACCUGCAGCCAGUCCAUGGGGAGUGGGGUCCUUGGGGGCCCUACAGUGUUUGCUCCAGGUCCUGUGGUGGAGGAACCCGGAGCACCUCCAGAGACUGCAACAAGCCUGAGCCCAGAAAUGGCGGGAAGUUCUGUGUGGGUCGCAGGAUGAAGUUCCGCUCUUGCAACACUGAGCCAUGUCCGCGAGGACGGAAGGAUUUCCGCGAAGAGCAGUGCUCUCAGUUCGAUGGCAAGCACUUCAACAUCAACGGUCUACCUCCCACCGUCCGCUGGGUCCCCAAGUACAGUGGCAUACUAAUGAAGGAUCGCUGUAAGCUCUUCUGCCGAGUUGCUGGGACUAUGGCGUACUAUCAGCUGAAGGACCGCGUCAUCGACGGCACGCCAUGUGGGCCAGAUACUUACGACAUCUGUGUUCAAGGCCUCUGCAGGCAAGCAGGCUGUGACCACGUUCUCAACUCAAAGGCCAGGAAUGACAAAUGCGGAGUGUGCGGCGGCGACAACUCAUCGUGCAAAACCCUGGCAGGGACCUUCAACGACGCUCAGUACGGUUACAACACAGUGGUGCGGAUCCCAGCCGGAGCCACCAACAUUGAUAUCAAACAGGUCAGCUACUCUGGAAAGCCAGAGGACGACAACUACCUCGCAUUAUCCGACAGCCAGUCCAACUCCCUCUUAAAUGGGAACUUUGUAGUGGCCAUGUUUAAAAGGGAAAUCACCUUCAAGGGAACCAUCAUCGACUACAGCGGCUCGGACACAAAAGUGGAGCGCAUUAACUGCACUGACCGCAUCGAGGAGGAGCUCAUUCUGCAGGUCUUGUGUGUGGGAAACCUCUACAACCCAGAUGUCCGUUACUCCUUCAACAUACCCAUCGAGGAACACAGGGAGCAGUUUGUGUGGGAUCCCUCAGGUUCCUGGCUCGAGUGCAACCGCAUCUGUCAGGGUGAGCGGAGACGAAAGGCAGUGUGUGUGCGUAAGAGCGAUCACCUCGAGGUAUCGGACCAGCGCUGUGAACAUUUACCUCGUCCUGUUGCUGUUGCUGAGCCCUGCAACACUGACUGUGAAGUCAGGUGGCAUGUCGCUGGAAAGAGCGAAUGUUCUGCUAAAUGCGGCCCAGGCUACCGCAGCCUGGAUGUUCAGUGUAUGAAGUACAGCCUGAUGAAGAGACAGAGUGAGAGGAUGGAGGCCAGUGCCUGUGGAGACUCCGCUAAACCUCAGACCAGAGAGCCCUGCCAUGGGGACUGUCUGCUGAAGAGCUGGCAGUACAGCGCCUGGUCACAGUGCUCUAAGACCUGUGGACGCGGGAGCCGCAGCAGAGAGUCUUACUGUAUGAACAACCUGGGUAGACGGCUGGUGGACCGGGACUGCAACGAAUACCAGAGGGUGGUCACUGAAAGCUGCAACGAGCAGCCGUGUCCGAAGUGGACUGUUAGCGAGUGGAGUGAGUGCCUGGUGACUUGUGGGAAGGGGAUGAGGCACAGACAAGUGUCCUGCAGCAUGGGAGCCGGGGAGGAAAAGCUGAGCGAGCACUUCUGCGACCCAUCCAGCAAACCUCCUGCUGUAGGGAGCUGCGAGCUGCCCGAGUGUGCGUCCUGGCAGGUUGGCGUCUGGGGAGCGUGUGCGGUGACCUGUGGCCACGGCUACCAGAUGAGAGCUGUUAGGUGUGUGUCGGGGAACUAUGGUGACACGGUAGAUGACAGAGAGUGCAAUGCUGCGGCGAGGCCCAGAGACAGCCAGGACUGUGAGAUGCCAGCAUGUGCCUGGGCCUCUCCGGUGCAAAGCACACCUCGUCCUGACAACUCCGCUCAGCUCCUGACUCAGUGGAGAUACGGCUCCUGGACUGCGUGCUCGGUGUCCUGCGGCAAGGGAAAGCGGGCGCGUUACGUGAGCUGCAGAGAUGCCCAAGGAGGAGUGGCUGACGAGUCGCACUGCGCCCACUUGCCCAGGCCCCCGGAGUCCUCCGCCUGCUUCAGCCCGUGUGGCCAAUGGCGUGCCGGGGAGUGGUCUCCUUGUUCAGUGACCUGCGGCGUUGGGAGAAGCACCAGACAGGUGGUGUGCUCUAACUACCACCAGCCAGUGGAUCAGUCUUUCUGUGACCCGGAUGAGAAACCUGCGACAGAACAGGAAUGCACCGCUGUACCCUGCUCCUCCAUCUACCACCGUCAGCGCAUCAACGACCAGCCCUACGGAUAUCCUCAGGACCCAGGGCGCCAUCCUGGGCACAGCAGCUGGAAUGUGCCCUCAGCAGACAACCAGUGGAGGACCGGACCCUGGGGCGCAUGCUCCAGUACCUGUGCAGGAGGCUUCCAGAGGCGAGUGGUGGUCUGUCAGGAUGCCGAUGGACGCAGCAACAGCUACUGUGAUGAGAGGGUUAAACCUGCCGAGUCUAAAGGCUGCGACUCUGGACCCUGUCCUCUGUGGAACUACGGCGUCUGGGGAGAGUGCACCCAGACCUGCGGUGGAGGAAGGAGGACCCGCCUGGUGGUUUGUCAAAGGCCCAACGGCCAGAGGCUCAACGACUACAACUGUGACAUCCUUGACAAGCCGCCCGACAUGGAGCAAUGCAACCUGCAGCCCUGCCCAGGCUCUGCCUCCUGGCAACGCCGACCAUGGAAGCCGUGUUCAGUGAGUUGUGGUCGGGGGACCAAGCAGCGGGAGAUAGCCUGUGUUUAUCAGAACCAAACCAAAAUAGAGGAGGAACACUGCAGUCAUCUGCCUCGGCCGCGGACACAGAAGGCCUGUCGGGCGCGGGGAUGCCCCACUUGGAAGGCCAACAGGUGGAGGGAGUGUUCUGUCACCUGUGGAGUCGGAGUCCAGAACCGAGAUGUUUACUGCAGACUGAAAGGCACUGGACGGGUCAGAGAUGAUCUAUGUGAUGCUCAACAGCGUCCUGCCGUUGUCCGUCCUUGCCAAACUGCAGAAUGCACACAUUACUCUUGGGUCGCUGGUGAAUGGGAAGAAUGUAAUGCAACCUGUGGAGAAGGCAUGAGAGGCAGGAAGGUGGGAUGCAUCGGCCCGGGGAUGACACCCGUCCAGGGCGAUUACUGUGAGCCAUCGUCCCAGCCACCAUCACACCAGCCCUGCAAAAGAGCUCCCUGCCAUUACAUGUGGAUUACAGGGGAGUGGUCACAGUGCUCUGCCAGCUGCGGUGUGGGCUACCAGCAGCGUAUAGUCUCCUGCUCCAUGAUGCCCUCCUCUCAGGCUCUGCGCCCGUACGCCGCUGCUGCUGCCCAGUCCUCCUCUGCCAGCACCCACUGCCCCGAGCCCCACCCUCCUGGCACCCGGCCCUGCCUCCUCAGGGACUGCCCGCACACAACCUACUGGAAAGCUGGCCCGUGGAGCAAGUGCUCGCAGACCUGCGGGGCGGGAGUGAUGGAGCGCAGAGUGGAGUGUAUGACGUCCAAAGGCCAACCGUCCAAACACUGCCGUCCUUCAGAGAGACCUGAGUCCAAGGCUGCGUGUCAAGAUAGAGAAUGCCAGUUGUUCGCCUCCUGCCGAGACGUCCAGAUGAGACUGGGUGUGAAGAUAGAUGGGGAGUACUAUCUCAAAGUCAAGUCCCGGAUCCUACAGAUUUACUGUGCUGAGAUGCAGACGGAUUUUCCCAAGGAGUAUGUGACCUUGCGCAGCGGUCAGACAGACAACUACUCAGAGGUGUAUGGACACAGGCUACUGAACCCAUUUGAAUGUCCGUACAACGGCAGCAGAAGACAGGACUGCGACUGCAGGAAUGACUACUCAGCAGCGGGAUACACACUCUUCCACAAAGUUCGUGUGGACCUUGGCUCCCUGAGGAUAAUGAUCACAGACCUCCAGUUUUCCCAGACUCUUCACGGUCGACCUGUGCCCUUUGCUACAGCGGGAGAUUGUUAUAGUGCAGCCAAGUGUCCGCAGGGCCAGUUCAGCAUUAAUCUGAUUGGCACUGGUCUCAAAGUAGCUGAGGCCACCAAGUGGACAUCACAGGGCAACUAUGUUUCCGUCAAAGUCCACAGAUCUGAGGAUGGAACAAGAAUCUACGGCCGCUGUGGUGGUUUCUGUGGGAAGUGCAUUCCCCAAGCUCACAACGGCCUACUCCUUCAAGUCCACUGAGGGCCAUGCAGAGACCAAACCCCCCUAAAUCUCUCCUGAAGACAGUAGCCAAGGAACAUGCAAUAACAGUGAUCUGUUGGACCACGUCGUCAUCUGUGAGUGUGGCGGAGGAGCAUUUAACAGCAAUCAUCCCACAGUAACAUCCCCAGUUUCCUAAUGGCAGCUAAAGCAUUCAAGACACUACGUACUGUGCAGUACUACAGGACCACUGUCGGGUCCUUCAUCCAAACUGCAAACUCUGAAGAAGAGCCAGCUAGAUUUGCAUGCCAACAGUGUUGCAAUAGCUAUCAAACACAUCUGCGCUUUGGAACCUAAAAUGAUUUUUUUUUUCUGACACUGUUUUGCUUUUUAUUUUAACAUUAUACAAAGGGAUACAAAACUUCAAAACACUGAGAAAGCAUCUACACAAACAGUUCAAAAAACUCAGUACUUAAAGGAAGAAAUUCUCAUCUUUAAAAAACAUUUUUUUCUCUUCUGUGAAGUGUAUUCUGUAAAAAAAAAAAAAAGCCAGAAUUUUGGCAUGAAGUACCUGGAACCAAUCUUGUUAUAUGUGAAUUUCCACGGUACAUAGAUAUUUAUUUUUACAGCUACACUGUAAGUAUUUAGUUGCAACUUAUCUAACUGAAUUGCAAUGAAUGAGACAGUAUAAAAAUCAUUGCAGUCUUCUGAUGACAAAGAAGUGCUACAGACACUGCAAUAGUAUGUGAGGGAUGGUUGUGUUGUUGUUUUACAGGAUGACAACCAAUAGGCUGAUUUUAAAAAGAAGUAAUUCAAGAACACUGUAUUUUUCUGAGACUACUAAAUGAGCUACACUGCAGAUCAUCUUGGCCUAACACAAGUUUAAAGGAAUAAUUUGACAUUUGCGCUUAUUUACUUUUUUUGUUGAAAGUGAGAUGAGAUAAAUGUGAGGUAACCACUAGCAGAUAAUUAGAUUAGCUUAUCACAAAGACUAGAAUCAGGAUGAAAUUGAUAGCCCGGCUCUGUCUAAAGAUAACAAAAUCCGCCCACCAGCAGCUCACAAAUGAACAUGUAUCCGAUUUGUUUACUCUGUACAAAACCAAUGUGUAGUAGUUUUAGAGGGGGUAAUAGGCCAGGCCAUUAUGUAAACCAUAGACUGUGUAUAUAGAUGGACAAUGCGUCUCCACUUCUUCCAGCUGUACAAAAAUGAAGCCGAAACAUCCCAGAUAGGGGCGCUGGUGAUGUCAUUUCCAGGAGUGGAGCCGUGGUGUCAAGCUCCCGCCCAUACACUCAUACACCAUUGGCAUGCCACAGAUUGACACAUACAGCUGUCAAUCAUGACCCCAAAUCCCCUUUUCCUUAGCAUAACAACUAAUUAAAAAACAAACUUAUCUGAAAAACGAACACUUGAACAUACAAUACAUCAGCAUGAUAAGAACCAUCUAAAAUGACAGAAACCUUUUGGAAAAGUUUAUUUCAUGUGUACGCAUGUCCUAUCUGUUAGCACAGAGGGGGUGGGGUUUAUGACCUAUACUGCAGCCAGCCACCAGGGGGCGAUUGAGAUGGUUUGGUUUCACUUUUGGGGCACUGUCCUGUGUCCAUCUUUGUAUAUAGUCAGAACAUAUGCAGCAUAUAUAAAAGCUUGAACGUGUGCAGUAACUUCCUGCGGUCUUGACAUCACACAUAAGUUUGCCAGGGAGCGGACACUCAAUUAAGUGACUGCACCUUUAGUCCGGCAUCUUUACAGGACCCUCAGGAAGUGUGACAGGCUUUGAAGUUCAUCAUGUGAUGCCAUUGGGCCCAAAAAGAUUUUCUCCCUAAGACUUACAUUUUGAAAGAGGCAUUUGUAAAUCGGUGAAUACAUUUUUAAUUUCAAGUUUUUAAGAAUUUGAUCCAUUUGGUCCGACAACAUUUGGAAAGUCAAGAGGAGAUGCACGAUUAAAUCAUGUUAUCUCAAUUCAAGUUAGUGGAGUGCUAAACCAGAAGUAGCCGUGUACAACGAUGUGGAAGAGAUGCCAAUCAUCCUGGUAAUUUUAUACCCGACAGUUAAACAUUUUUGACUUCAUGCACCACUGAGCAACUUUCCUAAGAAUGUACAGGGUCCUGCUUCCAACAGUGUGUCCAGUUCUCUUCAUAUUUAUCCAUGAUCUUUACCUUUGGAUUAUCUGUUUACCCUUAUUCCCAGUCUUUAUGCUAAGCUAAGCCUGCUGGCUUCACAUUUACCACACAGACAUGAGAGUAUUAUCAAUCUUCUCAUCUUACCGUCAGCAAAAAGGUGAAUACGUGAUAUUUCAAAAUGUCAACUCUUCCGUUUGGGCUUUAGACUUAAAGACAGAGCUUGCAACUAACUACUGAUAUGACCUGCCUUAUGUCAGAGGUCAAACUUUAGGAGCACGUGAGGAGCCUUCAGAACAACUUUAGAUGAUGUUCGUUUUCAUUGUUGUGUGUUUCUAACGUCUGUCUGCUGUCAUCUGUCGUCAAGUAUUUCUCAGAACUACUGAAACCAGCACAGUCCACUUACUGACACAUGGCUGCCACAUAGAGGCAGAAUAAACACUACUGCUGUGAGGAAAUAACUGACAUCUUUCAGUAUCUCCAAGUGUUUAAGCACAGAGUAAAAGUUUUCUGUGGCUUUUUUUUUUUUUUUUUCAACCAUGAGGAUUUUUUUUUGUUUUAUUUUAAUUUUCACACCACACAGACAGUUCUCAUCUUUUACACCAUGACACAGUAUCAGGUGUGACGUCUCACCUCACACCCUCCAUUGGGCCUACUGUAGGUACCUGCAACCCCUACCUCUCACCGACAUCCAUACUCUACUGAGAUAUGUGUUGUAAUAUAUUUAUGUUUGACCAUAUUUAUUCUGUAAUGACUGUAGACAUGUUCUAUGUUUUAAGGCACAAUGACUACUACGAAACGGAGAAGCCAUUGUCUGAUGUUUUUUGUCCUUUGUCUGCUUUGCUAAAAGAAAAAAAAAAGGUAUUAGCCUACUACUGUUUGUAGUGUAUAACCACUAACCUUAAAUGAGGAUCUUUUGAAUGGUGCUUUUGAACUACUGGAAUUACCUCUGAUCUUGAGAAGGAAAACGCUGGCUCUCGGCUCUUUGGUAGAUGUAGGAUCUGCCUGUAAUGCAUGUGAUGGUCCUCUAAUUAAUGUAGCUGAAAAUCUAGCUGUUGCCAGGUAAAUCAGAUGAACCACUGCAUGAGGAAAUCUGCCCUUAACUUAACUCAUCAUAAACGACUCUCACCAUGACCACUACUACUACAGCUAUUAAGCAAUCUAACAUGCUGGUACUCUGAUGUUAAGCUUUAACCAAAGUUAGAAGAUAGACGCAGAUUAUUUUUCUUCUUCUCAGACAAUGCAGCUUCUUUUGAUUUAAAGAAUGGCUGAAAAAUAUAUUAAAAAAAGUCAAUGAGCAGCUAGAAAACCUUUGGCCAUCGUUCAUUUUUAUGAUGGGCAAUUGUUCUAUGAGGUCUGUAUCAGAAAUUUAAAGAAUACUUGAUGCACUAUGUGCCAUAAAAUUUUGUAGAAAUGUAAUCCUGUUUGGUUUUUUUGUAAUAACCGUUAAGAUUUGUAACUUAUGAUAUAUGUGUAUUUUUAAUAUUCAUACUUGAAUUGUAAACAGUGUGCUAAAUAUUGAAUGGGCAUUGGUACUGAACAGAGAAACAGUGUGCUUGUUUGCCAUGCUUUAUCCAAAGAUGUUUUAAAGAAUCAUGUGUACCUACAGUAUGUAUGUAGCCUGUAUAAAAGAAAUGAAUGAUGAUUCUGGUGCUAUGCUUACUAAUCGUACCUAUACUGUAUGUCUCGCUACUAUACUAACCUUGUUUAAAAUAAGUAAUAAUAAAAGGUGCUUUUCA